AUGACGACCAGUGAUGUGACAGACUGGGAACCCAUUACAUUGUGGGAAGCAUCACAGAAAUGGGUGAAUUGUCGUCAGAAAGGAAAUGAAACGGUAAUUGAAUACCGUAAACGAUUUGAAGAAUGCGCAACUACAGUAUUAUCUUUCAUGGGUGAUUCGUGGCUAGAUGUGUUUGCCUCAAAGACGACCGCAUAUCAUGAAAUUAAAAACAAUCAUCCGACUAAUGGUUUAUCGGAUAGAGAAAAGAAGCGAGUUGCCGCAGAAGUCGAAGCACUUCAAGAAGAAUUUCAGGAAGAGUUUGUAAACUUGUUCUGUGCUGCUGGGUUACUGCACAACUGUGAUCGUGCACGAUACCAGCCGGUACUUGAUCAUUUUGUUACUGCAUACACUGUGGAGCACGUGGAUUAUGCUCAGCGAGAUUUGUUUCCGAGAGAUGUGGAAACUGCAGCCAAGGCGCUACACAAUCAUCGGGUUAAGAAAACAACAACACCAAAACAUAACAACAACAACAACACAAAUGAUAAAGCGAACACACCACAGAAUGGUACUAACCUUGCACAGGAUUACAACAAGGAGAGUAAGCGUAAAUGUUUUUGCUGUGGUAAGGCGGAUCAUGUUGCACCGCGAUGUGAACAUCGAUUCCGACCCAAGGAACAAUGGAAAGAUCCGACAAAAUGGAGAUCGUAUCCCAAGAAUGAAUCGGGACGCAAACAGGUACACCUGCAGGCAAGCACCGAGGAUGGGUCUUUGCAGUCAAGUGUGACAGCUAACACCACAGGUACGCUCGCUACCAAUGAUGGUGGUAUUUCUCAGCAGAACCAUAUGCAGACUGGUUCGGCUGACAGGAGUGGUGGUCCACAGCCUCGAAAGCAAAAGAUUGGCAUUCAGGGGUGGAAUAUGGCUCAGUUUGGCGGACGUACGAGAAGACCGCCGCCUAUUUUAAGACCUUCAAGAUUUGGGACGUCACCACCACAUGACAUAAUGGCAAACUGGCAGGUACAAUUGGAUGCUGUCAGAGCAGCUGAAGAAGACAACAGUGUUACAAGUACGCAGAGCUCCAACAUACAGGUUGGUAGGGAAGUAGCUGUGAUGCAUUCCCAAGCUCAUCAGGGACUCAAGUACAAGGUUAGCAGCGAUCUGGUAUAUCUUGAUUCAAAUGAUUAUAAGGAUGGCAAGAUUCCGGAGCAUUUUGAUAUGCAUGAUCCGAAGUGGUUUCGCUCGGGCGCAACAGGUCCGUCCCUUGACACUGGUUUGACAUUUCAUCUCCGCAAAGAUUCGAUGAAUGCGAAGAUGGGAACAUUGAAAGAGCUUCCGUAUAUGUUCAAUUAUGGAACAAAUGUCGGAGGAGGAAGGAAUCUAACACAUGAAGUUGAGAGUAAACACAUGAAUAAUAUGUGUAAGUAUGACGCCGAUGCGAUCUGUGAUGUGGACAGUGCGUCGUUAUUGGUAAAAGAAGGGUAUCGUAUCGUGAUGGAUACCAACGUAGAAAAUGCAUUUUUUGUUUCCAAAGAUGGGAAUCAAUGGAUUUACAGAGAAAAGGAUGGGUUGUAUACUUAUGAUCCCCAUGAGGGGCAGAGUCAUUGCAAUGUGUGCAUGGAAAUUGGACCGACGGGUGAAGCCUGCAGGUCGUGCAGAGCCCACGGUGGUUUCGUGCCGGGUGAAUCGUAUCAUGGCGGCAACGAUAAUACAACUAGUCAACAUACUUCCCGUUACUCUGGUCUCCAAACUGUAAAAAAGAACAUAGAGGGUUACACCCCACGACAAGUUGACCGAGCAAACGCUGCAAGAUCCGGGUAUCACAUGGGUGGUGCACCAGGGAUUGAAGCAUUCAAAGUUGCCGUACGCUCCAGUUUAUUCAAGAAUUGUCCCAUCAGAGAAGAAGACAUUGUUAUUGCUGAUAAGAUUUAUGGACCAAGCGCUUCAGUUCUUAAAGGAAAGACUAAGCGUCCAUGA